CUGCUGUAGUUCAUUUGACAGUUCAUUUGAAACAAAAGCCGCAGCGAGCAAAAAAAAGCUGGUAAACAAAUCUUGUGGAGGCUGUGCGUGUGUCAAAUCAAAUCAAAUCGCUGAAAAUUGUCGCCAAAUGGUGAAUAUGGUCAUGGAUUAUGCAAAUAUAAUCGACAAUGGGGCGUACUCAAUCAAAAUCGGCACAUCCGUUGAAAAUGAUCCAAAAACCAUUCCGAAUUGUAUAAUGAAAGCAAAGUCAGAGAGACGGCGUCCGUUUAUUGGUGAUCAAAUUGAAGAGUGUCGAGAUGCGUCUGGAUUAUUUUAUAUUUUGUGUUUUCAAAGAGGCUACUUGGUUAACUGGGAUGUUCAGAAAACCGUUUGGGACUAUGCGUUUAGUAAAAGUUGUGCGUCUGUUGAUUUCUCCCGGCCGACCAUCAUAACCGAGCCACAAUUCAAUUUCACAUCCAUUCAAGAGGCGAUGACGGAAAUUUUCUUCGAAGAAUUCGAAUGCGAAACAUUGCUACGAACAACCGCCGCCGAUUUGGCCUAUGAAAAUUAUGCGGCAACAAAAGAGCUGCAAGCACCACAUUGUUGUAUUAUCAUUGAUAUGGGCUACAGUUUUACACACAUCAUACCGUUUGUGAAGGGUGAACGGGUUAAACAGGCCAUCCGGCGUAUCGAUGUCGGUGGCAAAGUGCUAACAAACCAUUUGAAGGAGAUUAUCUCGUAUCGCCAGUUGAAUGUUAUGGACGAAUCGUAUGUUAUCAAUCAAGUGAAAGAGGAUUCAUGCUAUGUAUCACAGAAUUUCUACGCUGACAUGGAAGUGGCGAAGAAACGUUUCCCCGAUAAUAGCAUAGUGCGUGAAUAUGUGCUGCCCGAUUUUACAUCAAUUAAACGAGGAUUUUUGCGCGAACCGGUUGCCGGCAAACCGGCCGAUGAUCAACAAACGUUGCGAUUAACAAAUGAACGAUUCACAAUACCCGAACUACUCUUUCAUCCAUCCGAUGUUGGGAUACGACAAAUGGGCUUGUCUGAAGCGAUAUUCGAUGCCUGCAAAUCGUGCCCUGAAAAAGCAUUAGGUCAUCUACUGCCUAAUAUUGUGUGCAUCGGCGGCUGUGCCAUGUUUCCUGGCAUGGCCGAACGACUGAAGAAAGACGUACGUGCCCUCGCUCCAGAUUACAUUGACGUUGCGGUUACUGUACCCAAAAAUCCAAUUUCAUAUGCAUGGCAUGGCGGAAAAAUACUCAGUCAACAGGAAAACUUUUUGGCCAAAUGCAUGACACGCGAACAAUACGAAGAGGAAGGAGUGAGAGGUGUUACUGAGAAAUUUGCGAUUUAAGUGUUAUACCGAUAAAUACGAGCUAGAGAUUUUUUUAAGCAACAAAGAAGCAAGAAAACAAAUAAACAGAGACAAAAACAGAAGAAAAAAAAACAGUUUAUCAUCAUGACAAAGUGAGGCUCGGUUCGCUGAUUCAACUGGCGCCAUUCAAACCGAGAAGUGGAAAAUAUCAAACUUACUAUCAAUUUAAUUUUAUGUCAAAUGCUCCAUUUUUAAAAAAAUAAUAAGAAGAAAUAGAAGAAACUCACACAAUAAAACCGAUUGAAAUUGAUUUGAAGUGAACGUA